GGUCUCUCCAAUCACCUCAGCCGGGAUUUAGAAAAUGCCUUGGUUAUCCUUGCCAAACAAUUAUACAAAACGAACACUCGGUUUUUGAUGGAACUUAUCCAAAAUGCGGAUGAUAACCGCUACCGAAGGGACGUCAGCCCUAGCCUAACACUAAGCUAUAGGAAGAUGCAUCUGCGCGUGGACUGUAAUGAGUUGGGGUUCGCUCCUGAAGAUGUCGAUUCCAUCUGCCGGAUUGGAGGAAGCCAGAAAGGAAUUAGUGCAGACCGAAUGGACUGCAUCGGCGAGAAAGGGAUUGGGUUCAAGUCAGUAUUCAAGGUAGCUAGUGUUGUAUGGAUAUCGUCCGGCAAAUACUCUUUCAAAUUCGACAACGCGACGCGACUCGGUAUGAUUGCCCCAAUGUGGGCUCAAUUUCCUGCAGAAGCUCCCGCUAGUGGUACUUCUAUGCUCCUUCGACUUUUGAAUAAGUCGGUUAGAGACGAGCUACUGAAGGAGAUGCGAGUGUGCGACCCUAAGAUCCUGAUUUUUCUCAACCAAAUUCGAGAAUUAAAAGUGUGCAUUGCGCAAGACAAUGGCACCACGUUUGAACGGACCAUUUCUAGAAAAGAUGAUAAAGAUGUCGACAAACCGGGCCAAUACGUCACCACGCUACGAUAUGGUGACUCUUCUCAGCAGUUCGUGGUCAUUCGAUAUGUACCUAGCGGACGGUCGACGGACAAGGCGGAGAUUCUGCUGGCAUUUCCGAUUAAAAACAACCAGGAGCCCGUUAUUCAGUCGCAGUGCGUCUACACCUUUCUCCCAAUCCGAGAUUAUGGCCUAAAGUUUCUCGUCCAGGGCCGGUUUUCCCUGAUUGCCAGCCGUGAAGAUAUCAACGGUUCAUCCGCUGAAAACCAACGGCUUCGGUCCUUGAUACCAAAGGCAUUCGUACAGGCAGUUGACUACUUUCAAGAAAGUGAUUAUUUCCGCUAUAUUUGGCCUAGGUAUCUCCCCAUUAUACCUGAGGAGAAUUUUUUCACUUCCUUGACAGAAGAAACAAUAUUCACCCUUUCUCAGCGGAAGUUACUCGAAUCAGAAUCUGGCGAACUGGCCACACCGGGAACUCUUUUCUAUGUUCCUCCUCGUUUUCGAGACCCCAACGGGGACCCACUUCCUCUAUGUUCCAGGACCGCCUUCCGGUACUUGUCACGGAAAUAUUUCGACGAAGACAGUGAUCUUUUUCAAUGUCUCGGUGUGCGUCCUUUAAGCCUGCGUGACCUGCUUGUCGACGUUAAAUCUGUUGUCAACCAAUACCAAAAUCACAGCAGAGAAGCCACUGAGUGGCACAUACGACUCUCCAAAGCACUCAACCGGGAGGAUAUGUUAAGAGCGUACCGUCACACGCUCCAUUCCAUUCCCCUUAUUCCUCUACGUGAUGGCCGAUGGAUCUCGGCAAGCGAGAGUGCAGGAAUAAUUUUUUUUCCUUCAGCGCUUGCAGAUCUUUCCGUUCCAAGUGGUCUCAAUUCAGUGGAGAUUCAUCCAGAUGCCGCAAGUAACGUGGAUAGGAGGCAAUUGUACAGCUUUCUUGGCGCCGAAGAGUUUAAUAUUGAGAAGAUCCAGAGACAGGUUGUUUCCAAACUCUCCACCCUCGCUUCUGCCCUGUCGCUCGCCCACCGGGACUUGAUUUUGCUUGCGGCUUUCCUCUUUAAAACCAGUUGGAUCUCGAGGUAUAAUACGAACAUAUACGUUGCCACAAAUAGAGGAGAUCUCUGUGUUUCAUCUGCCGUUUAUCUCGACUCUUCCUCCGCGUUUUCUGCGACGAGCCUGCUAAAGGACUGCAAGGAUGUUCCGUAUUUGCAUUCCGAUUAUGAUAGGGUGUGUGGUGAAGAAGAGCGAACCCAGAAGAGGUGGAGAAAGUGGUUACACGACUCCCUGGAUAUCUGGGAGUUCCCAAGACUUGUCGAACGUGGUAAUCUGCGUCUUUCGUCUCAUUUCAAAUUCAUAACUGAGAAUGUCCCCUCGCCCACCUGGUUAUUGCUCUUGAGGGAGAAAUGGCCUGUUUACUCUACAUGGAUACAAAAGGGUCUUCGACCUACCGAGGAAGUAUAUCGGUACUUAGCGGCCCAAAAGGUUGCAUGCGUUAGUGGUAGGCAGCAUCCCCUCAUGGAGACAUAUCUCCCUGACAAAGUGCUCACCGUGGACGGCAAUACCUCUUUGCCAUUCCUUGACCUCCCGGAUCCUGAGCAUGAAAGCUGGUCCUUUCUAGAACAUUUGGGUGUCUCUAUUAAGAGAGAUAUAAAGUUUUUUAUUCACGCAUUGAAUAAGUUGAAAGCUGGUAUCCCAUCCAAAGAGCAAGUUUUUGGGCUCUACUUGAAUAUCCAAAUUGAACUCAACAUCCAGGACGCCCACCGUCAGGACAAAACUCGACUAGUGAGGAGCCGUUUUGAAGGAGAUCGUUUGGUGUUCAUACCAUCUUCGGAUGGAGAGAAGCCCGGUACUUGGCUUUCACCCGAGAACUGCGUAUGGAACGGACCAGGCAGCCUUAUACGAACCCCCCGAUUGAAAAAUUUAUACCCAGAUAACAUCUAUAAACUUUUCCGCGAGAUUCUGGGUGUCAAAGAUGCAACUUUGGAACACCUCCUAUCCGAGAUCGAAAAUCUAAGCGAAAAAGAAGCCGCCCCAUAUGUAGUGCGACUUUUUCAUGAUGCAAGCAAGCUACGUGAAGAGAGGGCCACUGAAACCCGCCUUUUAUCCAAUUGGUUUGACAGAAAAAUAUUUCCGGUCUAUGGCACUAACGAUCUAUACCAUAUGAGUCGCAUUUCCGAUCAGAACUGGUUUAUUGCUGAUCGUGAUCACUUGCGGCGUGCUUUCUCUGGCAGAGUACCCUUGCUUGCGUUCAGCGUCGAAGAGAUCAAAGGACUUGAACAUUUGAUGAAGUUACACCCCCUAAAAAUGAGAAAAUUAUCAUCCGUAACGACAGAGGUUCUCAGCUCCAAGGGAACCGAACUGUUACACAAGCAGUACACGAAUUUAAUCCGAAACAAAGGUGGAAUCAUUGCCCGCUUGAUACCAGGGAAGAGUUUGAGCAGUGCGCUGCUUCAGAUGCUAUCAAACAUUGAAGUCUAUCAGACGGAUAAGGUAAUCCUGCAUUGGAUAUUAAAGCCACCUUUUCCAGGCAGCGGUGCAGAAAUAAUAAGCCAUCCUGACCAAGGCGGUGCUUAUGUGAAGAAUUGCGGAGACUCAAUUAAAAUAUACCUGGAAGAGCGGCAUAUUCGAUUGAGAUCUCUACCUUUCGAGUUGGUGGAGCAGCUGUCAGCUAUCUGUUCCAUCACAGACCCAACUCACCAGGGAUUCUUGCAAUUAAUUUUGAGCCAUGAAGAUAGAGAUUAUCUUCAUAGGAUUUUGGACCGUCGAGGAGCUCCAAGAUCCGAGGGAGAUGUCCAUAACUUCAUAGGAAAACCCUUAGAACCAAACAGAGAGCCCUCCACGCAGUUUCAACAACCUCCAGAACUUCGUGCAGCACCCAUUCAGUCGAAGCGGUGGGAAAGUUCUUCCAGAAGUGAUGGGACUUCAUCCUCGGAGACGUCGACAAAUAAGCCUUUAAAUGACAUCAAUCCUACCAGCGAGUCCUCUGGGCAACCCACCAGAAGAAAAGACGCUAAUCCCAUUCUUCCGAUAUAUAUGAAACAGGCCAGUUCAGUCCCUAUUCCAUCGUGUUACAAAGGCGGCUUGGACGAAAACUCGGUGCGCAAGCUACUACGCCAUGAGUCGAGCUCUCGAAAUGAGGUUCAUGAUCCGUAUUUGGUAGAUGAGCCUUUGUUGGUGGACCGCGGGCUGCCUGACCGCGCCUUGCGCCGUUUCAUGAGAAACGACCAGGAUCCAAAUCCAAACCGCCGUGUAGCCAACGUCAUCUUUGUUACGAGUCCACAUAAUCUGUGCGAUGAAAACGGUCAGCAGUUGACAAGUCUUCCCGCGCGAAUACACUUUGGUGAAGGGGGAACAAGCACGGUGUUCGUGCCAUUGAAUCCUAAGGAUCGAUUAGAGUUAUGUUUUCUUGGGGAACUACUUGUUUCGAGACUUCUCGAAAGCCAUCUGCGCGAUGCGUACAAUCCUAAAACCGAUUGGACUAGUCCAUUGCGGAGCCGGGCGGGCUAUGCUCCAUUUAAUGAUCCCGAGGGAUGCUGGACUACUUUCACACUUCGAGACAAGACGAGCGCUUUCACGGAGUUUCUCACUCACAGGGUUGUUGAGCACGCAGGCGUACUAGCUUACAGCCACUCAACGUACCAUAUUGAGGUUCAGACUACCAAGGGAGGCAUAAAUGAGCCUUUCCAAUUUAACUCAGCGAAGCUAGAGAUGUGCCGCCGGUUCUCAAAUCAGCAAACAUCGCCCGGGGCUGACGUCUUCAUCCUAGUCAGGAUCUUCAACGUUGAGACCAUUCCUAAAAUCUCCUUUUUUAUCGACCCUUGGACUCUGUAUGCUAGAGGUCAGCUGGAAUUAUCAAUUCGAAACGAUGAGUAUCGGGCAAAGUUUGAAACUAUCCCAUCCCAGAUUCGAUUUUCAAUCUCCGAAAGCCACGGAGACUGUUUAUACCGAUAUCAGCCAUUAUGCCCGAGCAAAAGCGAGAUACGGUUAUUGCGGCUUUUAGAUGGUGAUCCUGGGGCACCUCUGAGAGGUGAAAUAUUUCACGUACCACUGAAUGACUGCGGCCCAUUCACUGCGUUGUCUUACACCUGGGUGACGAGCUUGAAGCCGUACACAUUACACACUUCAGACGGCAAGGUUCCGCUGACCGCUUCGCUGUACUUUGCGUUACAUCGCAUACGCAAAUCAAAGGCACCAGUUAUCCUUUGGGCAGAUGCUAUUUGCAUUAAUCAGGAUAACAGUAAAGAGAAAGAACAUCAAAUUACCAUGAUGCAGAGGAUUUUCAUGUCCGCUACGGGUGUCUUUGCGUGGCUUGGGGAAAAGUCGGAUGACAGCGACAUCGCGAUGGAAAUGCUCACCCAGCUUGCAUUAAAGUUAUCGCAUAGUGACGAGUCCAGCCCGCAGAGUUCAUUGCAAUCGAGCAUUCACACUGUCAGCAAGACUGCAUUAGUUGCCAUAAGCGACUUUCUCGGGCGGCCGUGGUUUCGCAGAGCGUGGAUUGUACAGGAAGUUGUCUUUGCUCGUAAUCUUACAGUUGCAUGUGGCGAUCGAGAGAUGCCCUGGGAUGAUCUUUAUCGGUCCGUUCAACAUUGCAUCGAAGAGGCAGAGAAGUCCGUCCUGGAACUCAACAUCCCCGCCUUACGAAAUACGAGCGCCAUACCGAACCUCGGAAAUGCCCGAAUGGCAUAUCGAACCACCGGUAAGAUUCAGGUCUCUCACGAUUUCUUGACACUCUUUGAACUUUUCCAACAUACGGAGGCUUCAUUGCGGCGGGAUAAAUUAUUUGCACUACGUGGGCUAGCUUCAGACGCUGAAGAUCCGGUUUUCGACCCGGAUUAUAGCGCCACUUUCGAGCGCGUUGCCCUGAGAUACGCCACAGUGUUCAUCAAGCGAGGCAGAACAGCAGAUUUACUAUACCGUGCCGGACGUGGUUCGAAACCUGGGGAACUUCCUUCAUGGGUCCCUGACUGGACUUCUAGACCAUUCCCAAAGACUAUUACCUCGUGGAAAGCUGUUCGAAAACCGUUCUCUGCAUCGGCUUCUUCUGUCUGCUGCAGCUUCGUGUCUCCCCAGGAUGAUAGGGUGCUCAUCAUUAGAGGCUACAUUGUCGACACAAUCGAUGGAGUCAGCCUCUAUAACUCCGAAGAGGAAGACACAUUGCGCUACCUUAAAAGUGUGUUUGACCUCUUUCGCAAGCGGGCUUCAAAUUCCCCCGGGGAUGAUAUCGGUAAGAUGAUAUGGAAAACGCCAAUCGGAGAUGCCACGCCUCAGCACAAAGAUGGCUCGACGGAUAAUACCUUUGAAUCAUCAUAUGAACAGUUGACUAAGUAUCUGGAGCUGCGGUUCGGGUCCUCUGACUGGCGAACUUCCAAGGAUACGGCCCUGGAGGACAUCAAGCGUAUGAAAGAGAAACUCUGGCCGUACGUUGUAACCGCAUUCACAUUCUCAGAGAAAUUUCAACCGGCAAUCGCAGGCGUCACGAAACGCGGAUACUCUGGUCUGUUUCCUGGAACCGCAAGUACGGGUGACAGAGUCGCCAUUUUCAACGGUUGCGCAGUUCCAUUCUUGAUUCGCGAGAAACAGGGGAAGAAGGGAAUCUACCAGUUGCUCGGGGAAAGUUACAUUCACGGUAUGAUGUACGGUGAGGCUCUUUCUUUUGAUGGCAUCCGAAGGGAAGACAUUGGGCUUCGAUAGUCAGCACAAAGAAAGCAGAUGCGG